GGAUUCCAUUCGGCCGUCGGCGCGAAUACCUCGCUCGUAUCCAUUUACGUCUUCAUUGAUACCGUGAAUCACGCGCAUUAUCUUCAGAGUAAUUAAUUCGACCUUUCUCGAAUCUUUUCGUAUACUUUUGGCUUAAAAAUACAAAUAAAAACAUCAGUGCUAUUGUGAAUUUGAGGUUAUGUGUCUCGCUGCCGCCCGUUUUCUUGAUAAAAAUUAAAGAAUUAUAGUUGUACUGUGUAUUUAUGCUUUUUUUAAUCCUCCGGUGUCCUAAUUUAUUUAAAAUAUUUAUUAGGAGUGAGCGGCUGGAUUGAUUGUUUAAAAUAAAUGUGUAAGUGAUUCGUUGGAAAGAAGGAAAAAAACCCCGAAAAAGAGAAUAAAAUUGAGCUUACAGUAUGGCUUGAGAAUUAGCGUUAUCGAUGCACCGCAAAUUAAUUUAACUAAAUUGUGGCUGAUUAGAGAAAGAUUCAACCUCGAUUGACCUCAACUGGACGUGGCCAGCAUCAUUUAGUGGUAAUUUAGUGAUCAAAAAUCAACAGCAAAGAUGGCCUUGUUCUCGAAAGUCAAUGAAAAAAUUCCACGGCGAGCUGUUCUGGGCUCGUUGAUGUUCUUGGCCUGCAUGUUUUCGUACGUAAUUCGUACGGAUCUUUCGAUCAUUAUUGUCGCUAUGGUGGAGCCAACCUCGAAUAAAACCGCAGGAGCGUCCUUUUGCAGCGAUUUUCGCAACGAAACUAAACAAGUUAAUUCGGGAUCAAGAGACUUUGGUCCUCGAUAUGCCUGGUCUCAACCAGUUCAAGGAUAUCUUUUAGCUUCAUAUUUCGUCGGGGUUUUGCCAGCUAGUAUACCCGCAGGUAUAUUAGCCGAAAAAUUAGGCGGUGCCAAAGUUGUUGGAUUCGCAACUUUAAUUCCAGCUUGUCUAAAUCUUCUGGUACCUCUAGCCGCUGCUGCUGAUCAAUUGCCGUAUUUGAAUGUUGUCCUCGUAUUUAUUCUCCGUUUCCUCAUGGGAUUAUUCGGGGCCGCUGUUUACCCGGCUCUUCAUGCUAUGAUUGCCAGAUGGGUUCCACCAACCGAGAAGGGAAUGUUUGUUUGGUCUAUGCAAGGUGGUCCUUUCGGUGCUUUUGUAACAUUUGCUCUUUGUGGAUGGGUGACCGCAACGUGGGGUUGGGCUGCCUCUUAUUAUGUGACAAGCGGUCUCAUCCUAAUAUUUUGGGCAUUGUGGACAUAUCUUGCCUACGAUACACCCGAUGCUCAUCCUACUAUUACUGAGGCAGAAAGGACUUACAUCCGAGAACAAAUAGGAAAAACAGUUGCGAAAGUUCAGCCGAAACUUCAAGUAAAAGCUAUCGCAACUUCCGUGCCAUUUUUGGCACUGAUGUGGGCCCACUUUGCUAACAUGUGGGGAAUUUAUUUCAUUUCUACAAAUGGACCCAAGUACACGAGUGAAAUUAUUGGAUUGAACUUGAAAUCGGGUGGUGCAAUCACUGGAUUACCUUAUAUCGCUCGACUCUUCGCUGGAGUUUUAUUUGCGGCAGCUGGAGAUUUUGUACGAAGGGGGAAAAUAUUGACAGUAGUAUGGAUUCGACGAAUUUUCAUGCUUUUCUCUCACGUUGCCCCUGCAAUUUGUUUACUCGCCAUGACUUACGCUGGCUGUGACAAAAUAUUUGCAGUCUCCAUGAUGAUUUUGGCAUUAGCAUUCAAUGGCGCCGCUUGCCAGACAAGUUUGCAAAAUCACCAGGAUCUUGCUCCGAACUAUGCCGGAUCUCUUUACGGAAUUAUGAACACUUUUGGCAGUUUUCCCGGCUUCAUUCUUCCUCCAAUCAUCGGCCUUUUGACAAAGGAAAAUAACGGAAUUGAGGAAUGGCGCGUGGUCUUUUGGCUCUCGGCUGUCGUCUUUAUUUCAGCAACAGUUGUUUUUUGGUUCUUUGGAUCGGCUGAUAUCCAGCCAUGGAACGAUUUAAAUCAAAGCGAACCAACAGCGAUCGUCGAAGAAGAGGUGAAAAUGACCGAUUUGAAAGGGAAAGAACUUCAGAGUGAGGACGAGGAGAGCGAGCGACUCUAAAUCGUUAGUAAUUCAUACUUUUUUCCUCCUAAGAAACAUGUUUUAGGACUAUUGGAAAAUCAAUUUCAAACCUGUUAGAUGAUAAAAAUACUCUCUCAAUAUGGACUUUUGUUUCCCGAAGCGGAAACUCUAAAAUCACAAUGAUUAAUUAUUCAUUAUUAUUAUUAUCAUUACUACAAAAAUCGCGAUCUGAUGUACAAUAACUUAGGCCUAGUAUUGUGGUUCAGAAAUCUUUAAUGUUGUUGAUAAAUCUGUUAUACCAAUGUUGGGACUGUCAAAAUGUUUAUUGUCUAAACAUCGGUUGAACCUUUGAAUCGCAAUUAUUCAGAGAUUCAGGCCAGCGAUUUGAGUAAGUAUUAAUUAACGAGGAGAGCUGGGGAGAUGUACGUCGCUGAUUCGACUGGGGGCUUCACAGUACAUGGAAAUCCAUUAUAUUCUUAUUUUAAAAAAGUUUUUUCCAAUGGGCCUUAGUUUACGAAAUAUUGGAAAUAUCCAUUGGAUCGAAAGAAAAAAAUACUUGAAGGAUUUUCUUCUACUUUCGCCUGGAGGAGCCAGAGUUGAAUAAGCGACGCAUAUCUCACAAGGUCGCGAGAUGUGCGUCGCUGAUUAGUCGCCUUGGGCUUCACAGGAUGGAAGUAUAUGAAAAUCCAUAAUCAGGGUGUCUACCCUAUCUGAAAAACCUAGAAUUUUUCGGGAAUUUUUAUGUACUUGGAAAACCCUCGAAAUUGCGGGGCUUUUUUUUAAAUUCAGGGAAUUUUUUCGAAGGUGCUUAAUUUUUUGUUUAAAUUGAAUUAUACUAUUUUGUUGAAAAUUUGUUUUAUUUU